AUGGCUCCACGCACAAGCAUCAGUUGGAAGUGUUUGCACAUUCUGCCUGAAGAUGUUUCCACCGCACAUGGGGCGCACGUCGUUGGGCCUAGUCCACAUCAUCUACUGGAGAUUGCUGUUCCUAAUGAUGCACCCUCCAAUUCUCGGUAUAAGGAUUUACCUGAGAAGCUUCCAGUGUCCAUCGAGUCACUGAUGUCUAAGGACUCGUGGUGUAAGUACGGACCGGUAAUCGCCUAUUACAAGGCACACAUGAAGUUCGUUGAGAACAUUCGAUAUGGCAUAGCCGACCACGGAACGAGCCUUGCAGAGUAUUACCGGGAGCGGUACAGCUUUACCACACCAUGGAUUGAAUAUAUCCUCUUGUUCGAUGCACUGUUGAAAAUAAAAGCCGGCUCGACCUUGGAAACAAAUCGACAGCGACAGGAGUUUGUUCAGGCAAUCGUAUUCAUCAUCCUCUCGACGACCCCGUCCGAUGAUCAGUUACGCUCACAAAUUGAAAAUAUCGAUCCAGCGGCAAUAAUCGAACGACUACAGGAAGGCCUCGAGCAUGAGUAUAAGAAGCCCCAACCAAAUCCCAACCUCAUCGUCAUGAUUCGCAUGCUGCUAUCAGGUGUUGGGGUUACGAAACCCACGUCACAAACAGGACUGCUCCCCCAGCAAGAGCUUGAUUUUCCGAAGGCGAUUUAUAAACUGAUGGGCGGCUGCCAAACCGAAAAUCUACGAUCCGAGAUCGACCCGUCUGCUUUUUUACAGCAUUUGCGUGGCAUGAAAGUGGCUAUGGACUACCCUUCGACCCAAUCACUCAUUGAUAAGAAUAUCCGCAAACUGGGGAUAGCCACAUGGUCAUAUAUACCAGAAUUCCCUCUUCAUAUGAUAUCUAGUCUUUCGGAAAACGCCCUACACGGUCUGGGCCAGCUACUGGAAUUCAUGUCAGAUCUUGACUUGGAUCCUAUCCAAAGAGACAACCUUCACAAGAUAUUGGCGGUUUCGAUCUGUUUCUAUCCUGGACCACAGAAUCUCGGGGCGGCCCAUCCAAUUUUGGACGAGAUGCAUAAAAUCUACCUUCGCGCCAGUCAAAGUCUAAAGCAAGCAACAGGAACGGCGCAGAUGGCCGUAGAUCUCCUGACAAUGGUGUGCAUUGCACAACGGUACCCAUCUUUCGAAACAUUUCAAAGCACCACAACACCGUUUUGUGCUUUGCAUAGGAUCUUCGCUGGAGGAACACCAUGCACAGGCCUUCCAGCCCCUGGCCGCUACAUUUUGUCCUUCAUAGAGGCCUCACUGAUGUCUGCAGCCACGCGCGUAGCUAAUAAACGGUUUGAAACUUGUACUUCCAGUCUUCUUUCUACUGCCUCAAUAUCCUUCCCACCUCGGCAAGUCGUUGCCCAAGAAGACAUUCACGAGUCUUUACAAGACUUGGUUGGUCUGGUGAAUGAGACCUGGACCGAGUCUGUCAGCAAGCUGUCACAAUUAAAGAGUCCUUCAGAAGGUAGCAAGAUUACACAGCCGAUGUGGGAUUUACUCCACGGUGGUUACCUUGACUUUGAGAUUGUGGAGAAUUACCUACAAUUACUUCGGCCUACAAGCCGCCACGUAGAGAUUCUUCCGGCUCGGAUGCUUCGCGGAGAUCAGAACUCCAUUCAUGAAACAGAUGGAAUUGAUCAUCCUGCCGUCAUUCCCCUCUUUUAUGAGAACCAUUGGGCAUUCGCUGUUGCCUAUUCAGAUUGUUUUCACUGGUACGAUAGCGCGCCUGGUAAUGCCAGAAGCGUACCUCUCGUUGGCGGUGCCCGGCCCGUCAUAGAAGGGUGGCAGAGUCCACGUUACAGUGAUCCCGCUGACGCAGGCGUGUUCAUGCUCAUGGGCAUCAAACUUAUAAUGCAGCGCAAACCUCAUCUCAGCCAAGGCGUUGCCGACGAACUCAUACGACCUUUUCGUGCUGGCGCGUUUGUAGAGCUCCUUUGCCGCAAGGCCAAUCCAUUGCCUACAGAUCUACUCAGUAUCGAUCUGGAGAAAGUUAUAGAAACUGGAGACCUAACCCUCGCCGCCAACCAAAUAAGCCAGGAAGCUGCUUUAGCUUGCGGCCUGGAACAGCGACCCUUGAUGGAAGACGGGUUGUUUGUAACAGAACGUGAAGACCAGGUUGUUUCUCCACCAUGUACUGCACUAAAUCCGACUGUAGAAACCAUUCCCCUCAGCAGAAAUCCAAUGCAGCCGCCCGUAACAUACUCUGAGCCUCCCACAGAACCUAGCAGUGCACAGACACAACCCCCGGCCAAUACGUCACGUAAGAGAAGAUCACCGCCUGCUGUUGUAGAUGGCGGCAUAGGUGGGUAUGGAUGCGAUCCUAGUGGUGACCGUAAAGUCAUCUUAGACAAUCUUUCACACGGUAUGCACUUCAAGCGGUCAGCAAUAGUAUCUUCAGAUGAUGACCCAUUCGUUCUGUGGGCACUUCUCCGGUAUUCGAAGACAAGUGGAAAUCUUCAUCGUCGCUACCACGCCGUCCUAUUCCACAAGAUGAUGGAAGAUGAUGUCCGACGAGAGAAAAUGGCAUCAUCGACACGGAGCAAAGCCUGCAUGAAAAGGGACCUGUGGAGCUGGAAAUUUUGGAAAAGCAUCAGCGAUAUCGGCGUGAAAUAUGGCCUAGGACCUCUUGUCACGCUCUGUGCGUUCAGGAAUGACUUCAGCGGUUAUCGAUUGUCGGAGGAAGCACAGAAACCUCUGAUAAGAGCAUUAGAAACUCGAUUACAGAACAAAUCGGACAUGCUGCGCUCAUGGCUCCAAGAGGCGUCCGAAUUGUGCAAGAUUAUACUCGUUGGACCCACACCAGUAUCUCUUUUCAACAUCGACAAAUAUAACUCUCACACGGAGUCCGAGAUAACAGACUAUCAGUAUGAAUUCUACGUGCGUUCAGAACAACAUCGGGGCCCAAGUAGGUAG